UUAGUCAUAUCAUAUCACCUACUGUGACGCUUUAACAUUAUAACAUUUAUUUAUCAACUUAGGUAUAUGUAUUUUAUCGUAGUAUCUCGCGUUAACAACAAAAUUAUGACGAUUAUUCAAGGUGUGCUAAAAUAUCACUUCAUAGAGAGCACAUGAUGAUCGAAAAUGUGCUUAAAACAUUUCAAAAGGACAAAGUAAUGUUUAUCAAAGUCAGUUGUUUUAUUUUGAAGUGAAUAUGGAUAGUGAGACUAUAAAGACGGAAAGUGUGAGUGAACAGAAAAAGGAGUUAACACCAAAUUUACAGAAGAUAUGUCUCGUCUGCGGUGAUAAGGCACUCGGUUAUAAUUUCAAUGCCAUUUCUUGCGAGAGUUGUAAGGCGUUUUUUCGACGUAAUGCUUUAACUAAUAAGGAGUUCAAAUGUCCUUUUACUAAUAAUUGUGAAAUAACCCUCGUAACGAGGCGAUUUUGUCAGAAAUGUCGUUUAGAGAAAUGUUUUUCUGUUGGCAUGGUGAAGGAGUUUAUUAUGUCCGACGAGGACAAGGCGGAAAAGAGACGAAAAAUAGAAGAAAACCGCGCCAAAAAGAGACAACUACAGGAUUCGGAUGACAGUGUGUCUAGUUCUAAGAAUUUUAGACGUGAUGUUGAGAGUCCUUACACCACACCCGUACAAGAGAGUACAAUACAGUAUGAUGUUUUAAACAGUACAACAUGCAGUCCUCACAGCUCAGCGGAAUCCCCCUUGAGCACCGAUGUAGAUUCUAUGCCAACACCAGCCUAUGGCCGAUAUGUGCCGGUGCAGACAGAGUUAUUCACAGUAAAGGGUUACCCACCAGAAGAGAAGACAAAUCCAAACCAGAGAUAUUAUGAACCCCGGCAAGAACAUUACAUGUGUGACAGUAUGGAUGGCAUAUACGAACAAACCAAACAAAAUAGUAUAAGCGGUUGCUCCAGGUCGAUCCUGACCAACGGCGAAGGUCUCCCUCAUCACCAGGACACGGAGCACGUGUGCGAGGAGAUGCCUUCCACCAGCAACCCUGAGGUUAACAAGGCCAGGGACAUACUGCAAGACGUUGAGAGGAUAGAGCCCAACUCUAUGGAGUCAAUACUGUGCGAGGCGAUUAAGCUGGAGUUCGGGGCUUACUCUUCCGUCAACAGUUGUAGUGGAUCAUCCAGAGAAUUGAAUGAGGUGGAGAGAGCCAAGCUGAACGAGCUGAUCGUCGCCAACAAAGCGCUCCACGCUCCCAUAGACGACGACGUGUCACAACUGAUCGGAGACGCGGCCACCGCCGGCCUCAAGGUCGGCGAAGGAAAACAUGACCCUCGCCUCAUAACGUUGGUCAACCUGACAGCCGUCGCCAUACGGAGGCUCAUCAAGAUCGCCAAGAAGAUCAACGCCUUCAAGAACAUGUGCGAGGAGGAUCAGGUGGCGCUCCUGAAGGGAGGCUGCAUAGAGAUGAUGGUGUUGCGGAGCACCAUGACCUACGACGGACAGAGGAACCAGUGGAAGCUGCCUCACAGUCACAAGCAGUACGGCAGCAUCCAAACGGACGUGCUGAAGCUGGCCAAGGGGAACAUCUACCGCAGCCACGAGGCCUUCAUCAGCUCCUUCGAGCACAGGUGGCGCACCGACGAGAACAUCAUCCUCAUCAUGUCCGCCAUACUGCUGUUCACGCCCGACCGGCCGCGCGUCGUGCACCGCGACGUCAUCAAGUUGGAACAGAACUCGUACUACUACUUGCUCCGGCGCUACCUGGAGAGCUCGUUCGCGGGCUGCGAGGCGAAGGCCACGUUCCUCAAGCUGAUCGCCAAGAUCCUGGAGCUGAGGAAGCUGGCCGAGGAGGUGACGGGCGUCUACCUCGACGUGCACCCCCUGGAACCGCUGCUCGUGGAGAUCUUUGACCUCAAACACCACGCGGCAUGAUCCGCGGGCACACAACACACGACCACUGUUAUUGUAAUGAACGUGGUAUUACUGUCCGCUGGACAAGUCGGAACCGAACCCCUGAAGACAUUAUAAAGGAUGUGGACUCGCAAGUCACAAGUGACGUGUCGGCGUCACGUAGCCCAAGUGUGUGUCGCCCCCAGCGGUCGGGACUAUAUUUUAAAAUUUGGAAUUUUUAUAUAAAAUACAUAAUAAAUGUUUAAGACAAACGCAAUAUUAGGUUACAACACAUGAAUCGUUCCCUUCGAGCUGUGACACAACCAAAGAAAUAGUUCGUCAACAAUAAAGUUGUUUACGUCCCCCUCACUCGGUCCCCACACGCCUAAUGUGCAGUAGCCACUAUUUAUAUCCUAAGCGGGUGUCGUGAGCUCGUCUGAACUUCUAUAUAUUUUAAUGUCUGUAAAUAUAAGAUACGGUUAUUGUUAUAAAUAUUUUUCUAUAGCGUUUUAUGUACGGCGAUGCGAUGGAUGGAUUAAGGAAAAACAAACUAGAGAAUAAA